AUGCCUGAGCCCUCAUUAACGUUGCGUCUUCUCAACCUAGACCGCUAUCCCUGUGUUACCUCGGCGGCCCCCGGUCGCUUGCUGUGGGACUUUCCUCCCUCACCGGUCGAUCAGGCCGCCGCUGGGUCCCUCUAUCAUUGGCCCCUGACUGCGCCAACCAUCCAACCGCCAGGACCAUAUGAUCAGCUCCCUUCUCUUCCAACCCCGCCAAUCCUCACGGGAACAGAUCCUCAUUCGUUUGCUGCCUUUCCCUCGGACAGCGGGUGUCCCCCUCUCGCAGCAGAACAGCUAGCAGGUCCGCCCAGAGCGCCAGGUGACCAAGGUGCUGCCUAUCUGCGUUUCUUACAGGGGCCAGUAGACGCGAUACUCCUUCCAAAUGGCGCCGAACCUGACCGGGUUGGCGGCUACGGUCCCCCCACUGUGUUCGGCUCGUACCAAGAACCUGCCACCCUCCACCUUGCACCGAAUGGCAGCCCACCUGCACCGCUCGACAUCGGUUUGAGGCUGUCUCGGAUGUAUGGAACUGUCGAGCGGCUGGAAGAUGGAAAUUGGAUCAAGGAAGAACCCCCGACCCCGGCCAACGGGGAUUGGGGUGUACCCACUCCCGCGGGAGUCCCGAGGAACAUUCAUCCUGCAAACGCAGUAGAAGGGCCACCGAGACCCGGAAACGGGGAAGAUGACGAAGAGGCGAGCAACCGGAAGGGGCGACGUCGGCUCAAUGAAGGGUUGCGCACUGAGACGUCAAAUACGCGACAAAUCGGCGCCUGCAUACGGUGUCAUAAUCAGCGGAUCCGGUGUAGACCUAACAAACUAGACCCCACAAACCCGGACGCGCCGUGUGAGAGCUGUCUUUUGGUGCGGAAAGCCUCCAAGAAGACCAUCCACUACAUCUCUUGCCUGCGGUUCAAGGUCACCUCCAUGGUUGUUUACCGUGCGGGUGGUUUGGGCUACACCAAGCGGUUCGACCAUACCAAGAUCGUGGAUGUCGACGGCUACAGCGACGGCAUUACUUACGACAUCGAGAUAACACAAGGCCUUUGCCAGACCCCCAUUCUGCUGAAAGUCCGACGGUUUCGUCCGAACCAAACCGACAAGACGCACUGGAGUUAUCGGGUUGAUGAUACUACCUGCGCCCAUAGGUCCCAAGACACUGGUGCGUUUUGCCUGGUCAACAUUAAGGAAACAGCCAAGAAGUUCAACGACUACAUCGCUUGCAAUGCUGCCGAUGGCCUGGCGGAGGCGGUAAAGGACUCAGAUGACAUGGUCAAGGAGGUAUUUGCGAUGAUCGAAAAACAAUGUCGCUCGCUCCCGGUAUGGAACCCCAACCUCCACCCUCUCCAGCCCCCGAGGCUCGCUUGA